AUGAUGAGAAUGGUUGCCUGCAUCAUGAACUGGUUUCCCGUUGGCGACUUCUCGGGGCAUUGUGUCUCUCGCGUUCUCGUCGACGACGCGGUGGUGCCUUCUCAGGGUGUUUUAUCCAGCAAUUCUCUUCCGCGUGUAUACCUCGGUUGCAAUGGGAACAUUUGUUCAAUGGGAAUUCAACCUUCUGUUCAGAUUCACGGUUUGCAUGAGGCUGUAUACUUCAGUUAUGGAUCAUCCGGCGUCUCCUGGUCGCCAGGGAAAUGGCCAGUCGACACAAGGAUUCUUCCCACUGCCCGACGGGCCCAUGAUGACGUUCAAUUUCCCCGGCUGGAAUCCUGCGGUGAUGGAUUCUGGCGCCCGGACCUGGCCUCAGGAUCUGAUCAUGAGGUUCUUCUCUACUACGAAAGAUAUCACGGCUUGGCGGCGGAUUAUCUUGGGGGUUCUAAGCAGCGGACGGCGCAUCGGGUCUCUGUUACUGUCAACCGGGCAGUCAAGCCUUCGCUGGACUUCUCGGCCCAAGCAGAAUGCUAUCAUAUUAAUGGAGGUUCAGCGGAUUUGUACGCUUCCGGUGCUCGUCUGGUCGUUGUCUCUCGGUCAAUAUCUCCAGCCCCAUCUACCAAACUUUCUUCAAAGCCUAUUUGGUAAGAAGAUGAAAACUUAAAUAUUGCAAUUUCAGCACUAAGUACUCCAGCAAGCAGUAGACAAGAUAAUCGGCAAUGAAUAAG